UCGGAUCCGCCGUGAAUCUGCAGCCAGGCACCCGGAUGUGGCGAAAAUGUUUGGCGCUCAUCUCAGGGUUUGCGCUCGGAAAACAUUUUAUGAUUCAGGUUAACGUCUCGGCUCAGGCUCGCACGUCGACAGCUUUGGAUAUGUUUUUUCCAACGAUGAGUUGGAUUUAAAACGGAUCUUUUCAAUGUGGAUUCAAGGAUGCAAGAAGCAGAUGAACAGUCAGAAGGGGCACAGUAUGCCAGCAACAAACAAACCACUCCCUCUGUUGACGCCUCAGCGCUCUGGUCAGAAAGCCACACCCGUCUGCACCAGCUCCAUCCACCUGAUCCCCUGCAGGCACCGGCCAGCACCGGCAAGCCCGUCGGCUCAGCCUGUGGCCUCCACGGAGCCAACAGUGGCAUUCAGGGUCCUGGUGGCACUGGUACCAGUGUCAGCCCAGUCCUGGCUUGGCAUGCCGCCAUUAGCGCAGCUCGCCAAGCACAGGGUGACGACAUUGCUAAACCUGACAUGAGUUCACGGCCCUCGGUUUGCACCACUGGAACAGCUCCUGUGGGCUCACUGGCACAGAGGAAGAGGCAGCAGUACGCCAAAAGCAAAAAGCAGGGUGGAUCCAUCAACAGCAGGCCGCCCAGAGCUCUGUUCUGCCUCACCCUCAACAACCCGAUCCGCAGGGCCUGCAUCAGUCUGGUGGAGUGGAAACCAUUUGAUAUCUUUAUACUGCUGUCUAUUUUUGCCAACUGUGUGGCCUUAGCCAUCUACAUCCCCUUCCCCGGAGAUGACUCCAAUUCUACCAACCAAGAACUGGAAACAGUAGAAUAUGCCUUCCUGAUCAUUUUCACUAUAGAGACAUUUCUGAAGAUUAUUGCCUACGGACUGGUCAUGCACCAAAACUCCUACGUCAGAAACGGCUGGAACAUGCUGGACUUUGUCAUCGUCAUAGUGGGGCUGUUCAGUGUGGUUCUGGAGAUGAUAACCAAAGACGCUGACUCUGGCAGCCAGUCUGGAGGCAAACCUGGGGGGUUUGACGUCAAGGCCCUCCGAGCCUUUCGCGUGUUACGACCCCUUCGCCUUGUUUCUGGAGUUCCCAGUUUACAGGUGGUUUUAAACUCAAUUAUUAAAGCCAUGGUUCCCCUGCUUCACAUUGCUCUGCUGGUCCUCUUUGUCAUCAUCAUCUACGCCAUCAUCGGCCUGGAGCUCUUCAUUGGCAAAAUGCAUUCAACAUGCUACGUGAUACAAACAGGUGCCAUUGCAGAAGAAGAGCCCACACCAUGUGCGGUAACAGGGCAUGGUCGUCAUUGCACGAUAAACAGUACGGUUUGCAGAGAAGGCUGGCAAGGCCCCAACAACGGCAUCACCAACUUUGACAAUUUUUUGUUCGCCAUGCUCACUGUGUUCCAGUGCAUCACCAUGGAGGGCUGGACCGACGUUCUCUACUGGAUGAACGAUGCAAUGGGCUUUGAAUUGCCAUGGAUCUACUUUGUCAGUCUGGUCAUCUUUGGAUCCUUCUUUGUUCUUAACUUGGUUUUGGGUGUGUUGAGUGGAGAGUUUUCCAAAGAGCGAGAGAAGGCCAAGGCUCGAGGUGAUUUCCAAAAGCUACGUGAGAAGCAGCAGUUAGAGGAAGAUCUAAAGGGCUAUCUGGACUGGAUCACCCAGGCCGAGGACAUCGACCCCGAGAACGAGGAAGAGGGAGACGAGGAGGGCAAGCGCAAUCCGAGCAUGCCCACAAGUGAGACAGAGUCGGCGAACACAGAGCGUCACAAUGAAGAGGAGGGCAAAUCACCCUGCUGUGGACCGCUGUGUCAAAAAAUUACUAAGUCAAAGUGCAGUCGUCAGUGGCGACGGUGGAACCGUUUCUGUCGCAGGAAGUGUCGUGCUGCUGUGAAAUCUGUGUCGUUUUACUGGCUGGUCAUCGUCUUGGUGUUCCUCAAUACUCUCACCAUUGCCUCUGAGCACUAUGACCAACCAAACUGGCUGACCCAAGUACAGGACGCAGCCAACAAAGUUCUUCUGGCGAUGUUCACCUUAGAGAUGCUGGUGAAGAUGUACAGUUUGGGGCUGCAGGCCUACUUUGUGUCCCUGUUUAACCGCUUUGACUGUUUCGUGGUGUGUGGAGGCAUCGUAGAGACCAUCCUGGUGGAGCUGGCAAUUAUGUCCCCACUGGGCAUCUCUGUUUUCCGUUGUGUACGCCUCCUUAGGAUCUUCAAGGUCACACGUCAUUGGGCAUCACUUAGUAACCUGGUGGCAUCUCUGCUCAACUCCAUGAAGUCCAUCGCCUCCCUGUUGCUGUUACUGUUCCUCUUCAUCAUCAUCUUCUCCCUGCUUGGCAUGCAGCUCUUUGGGGGCAAGUUCAACUUUGAUGAGACUGUGACCAAAAGGAGCACAUUUGACAACUUCCCCCAGGCUCUGCUCACUGUGUUCCAGAUCUUGACAGGAGAAGACUGGAAUACAGUGAUGUAUGAUGGUAUCAUGGCGUACGGCGGCCCAGCCUCCUCUGGAAUGGUGGUCUGUAUUUACUUCAUAAUCCUCUUCAUCUGUGGAAACUACAUCCUGCUGAAUGUCUUCUUGGCCAUCGCUGUUGACAACCUGGCAGAUGCAGAGAGUCUAAACACAGCACAGAAGGAGGAAGAAGAGGCCAAGAAGAGGAAGAAUAGUACCAAGGAAACAAGCACAGACAAGAAGAGGGUUGAAAUAAUAGAUGCCAGGGAUGGAGAGACCAAGGUCCCAGCUGAGGGUCUACUGGAGGAAGACAAAGACUUGUAUCCUUCCAUCAACUCUACGGGGUGUAACAAUGAUAACGACGACCUCCCAGAAGUUCCUCCGGGGCCUCGACCUCAGAGACUUUCUGAACUCACCAUGAAAGAAAAAAGGCCACCCAUCCCGGAGGGCAGCGCCUUCUUCAUCUUCAGUAGCACUAAUCCGAUUCGUGUAUUCUGCCAUAAGCUGAUCAACCAUCAGAUCUUCACAAACCUAAUCCUGGUCUUCAUCAUGCUCAGCUCUGUCUCUUUGGCUGCUGAGGACCCCAUACGCAACUUCUCUGCUCGUAACAUUAUCCUAGGCUAUGCAGACUAUGUCUUCACUAGUAUGUUUACAUUUGAGAUCCUUAUUAAGAUGACAGCGUUUGGAGCAUUCCUUCAUAAAGGAGCUUUCUGCAGAAACUACUUCAACCUAUUAGACCUGCUGGUUGUCGGUGUGUCUCUGGUCUCCUUCGGCAUUCAAUCUUCUGCUAUCUCAGUGGUGAAGAUUCUCCGUGUUCUGAGAGUCCUCCGUCCGCUCAGAGCCAUUAACAGAGCCAAGGGACUAAAGCAUGUGGUCCAGUGCGUGUUUGUGGCCAUCAGGACCAUCGGCAACAUCAUGAUUGUCACCACACUGCUGCAGUUCAUGUUUGCUUGUAUCGGAGUGCAGCUCUUUAAGGGGAAAUUUUAUCGAUGCACAGAUGAGGCAAAGUCUAGCCCAGAUGAGUGCAAAGGUACCUACAUUCUCUACAACAAUGGGGACACUGCAUUGCCCAUGGUGAAGGAGAGGAUCUGGUACAACAGUGACUUCAACUUUGACAAUGUCCUCAUGGCCAUGAUGGCUCUCUUUACUGUCUCCACCUUUGAAGGAUGGCCCACUCUGUUGUACAAAGCCAUUGACUCCAACAGAGAGAACAUGGGUCCCAUCUACAACUACCGCGUUGAAAUCUCCAUCUUUUUCAUUAUCUACAUCAUCAUCAUCGCUUUCUUCAUGAUGAACAUCUUUGUUGGUUUUGUUAUUGUCACCUUCCAGGAGCAGGGUGAGAAAGAGUACAAGAACUGUGAGCUGGACAAGAACCAGCGCCAGUGUGUGGAGUAUGCUCUUAAAGCUCGCCCACUGCGGCGCUACAUCCCCAAAAACCCGUACCAGUACAAGUUUUGGUAUGUGGUCAACUCCACUGGCUUUGAGUAUGUCAUGUUUGUCCUAAUCAUCCUCAACACCUUGUGUCUGGCCAUACAGCACCAUGGUCAGUCUCAUCUGUUUAAUUAUGCCAUGGACAUCCUAAACAUGGUCUUCACAGGAGUUUUCACUGUGGAGAUGAUCCUCAAGCUCAUCGCUUUCAAACCCAGAGACUAUGUCGGAGACGCCUGGAACGUCUUCGAUGCUCUUGUGGUGAUUGGCAGUGUAAUCGACAUCAUACUCAGCCAGAACACGGAGGACAGUGCUCGCAUCUCCAUCACCUUCUUCCGCCUGUUCAGAGUGAUGCGAUUGGUCAAACUCCUGAGCAGGGGGGAGGGCAUCAGAACUCUACUGUGGACCUUCAUCAAGUCCUUUCAGGCUCUUCCCUAUGUUGCACUUCUUAUAGCCAUGCUGUUCUUCAUCUAUGCUGUAAUUGGAAUGCAGGUGUUUGGAAAAAUAGCCAUGGUGGAUGGAACACAAAUCAACCGCAACAACAACUUCCAAACCUUUCCUCAAGCUGUCCUAAUGCUCUUCAGGUGUGCCACAGGUGAGGCCUGGCAGGACAUCAUGCUGGCCUGUUUGCCAGGAAAGCUGUGUGAUUCAGAGUCAGACUACAACCCCGGAGAGGAAAGAACCUGCGGGAGUGGCUUUGCCAUCAUCUACUUCAUCAGCUUCUACAUGCUCUGUGCUUUUCUGAUCAUCAACCUGUUUGUAGCUGUUAUCAUGGAUAACUUUGACUACCUGACCCGUGAUUGGUCCAUUCUUGGGCCACAUCACCUGGAUGAGUUUAAAAGGAUCUGGUCUGAAUAUGACCCUGAAGCCAAGGGCAGGAUUAAGCACCUUGAUGUGGUGACUCUGCUGAGGAGGAUCCAGCCUCCACUGGGCUUCGGCAAGCUUUGCCCUCACAGAGUGGCCUGCAAACGUCUAGUGGCGAUGAACAUGCCCCUGAACAGUGAUGGGACCGUCAUGUUUAAUGCCACUUUGUUUGCUCUGGUCCGCACUGCUCUGAAGAUUAAGACAGAAGGUAACCUGGAGCAAGCCAAUGAGGAGCUUAGAGCUGUGAUCAAGAAGAUCUGGAAGAGGACAAGUAUGAAGCUGCUGGACCAAGUGGUCCCCCCUGCAGGCGAUGACGAGGUAACAGUGGGGAAGUUCUAUGCCACCUUCCUGAUACAGGACUACUUCAGGAAGUUCAAGAGGCGCAAAGAGCAAGGUCUUGUGGGCAGGCGCUCGUGGGAGAGGCUGAACACCACCAUGGCUCUGCAGGCUGGCCUGCGCACGCUGCAUGACAUUGGACCAGAGAUCCGUCGAGCCAUAUCAUGUGACCUGCAGGACGAGGGGCUAGUGGAUGCUCAUGGAGAGGAAGAAGAGGAAAUCUACAGGCGUAACGGCAGUCUCUUUGGGAACCAUGUUAACCAUGUCAGUGUGGAUCAGCAAGGCUCCUCGCACCCGACUACCGUCACUCAGAGGCCGCUACAGAUCCUGCCCUUUUCCUGCAGUGCCUCGAUUGAACCCACCCAAACCGUCGGGAGAGUCAGCGACAAUGACAGGGGAGGGGAGACAGAAAUGAACUCUUCACCCAUCCAGUAUAAUCAUCAUUAUCACACCCCUCACCCGUAUAAUAUCCCUCACUGUAAUUCCACUUGCCACCAAUCGCCAGUACCCUCCAAUGCCAACCUCAACAACGCCAACGUGCCCUCACUUCUCUCCAUGACCAAAGGGAGGCAGCAGAAGUGUUUGUUAAGGCGAGACCGCCCGUCCUCCGCCAAAAUUGGAUCACCAGUGUCCGCUAACAGGAAAGGCAUGCAUGACAAGCCUUGGAAGUCACUCUCCACACGGACACGCUACUAUGAGGCCUACAUUAGGUCAGAAAGUGGCGGUGGACUCUACCCCACCAUUCGUCGAGAGGAGCCAAGGGGCGAGGACAGCGAGGAGGAGCGAGGCUCAGCAGAGUACUACAGCGGGGAGGAGUUUCAUGAAGAUGACAUCAUGUUCACGAGGGACAGGUUGUCCAACAAGGAGCAACAUAAUGCAGAGGGAGAUUUUGACCUUGAGGUUUCCAAGAGCAGCCAACAGCUUGAUGGUUGCUAUGACGAUGACCAACAGCCGAUCUACCAAGAUGGCAGGCGGUCACCAAGGAGGUGGUUUUUACCCUCACCUCAAGCCUCCAACAGACCAACAUUCAGUUUUGAGUGUCUUCGCAGAAGAAGUAGUCAGGAUGAAGCUCCUCCCUCUCCAUCCUGCACAGCUCUUCCACUACACCUGGUGCAGCAACAGGUAAUGGCUGUGGCCGGUCUGGAUGCCAGCAGAAUUCACCGCCUGUCUCCUACACGGUCGCUGCGAUCCUGGGCCACACCUCCAGCCUCUCCCAUCCCUCAUGACUGCUCACCCUGCUACACACCACUCAUACAGGUGGACUGGCGCAGCCCUGGCAGCGUCAGCAGCAUCCCUGGAGCAGUGAAGAGGAGUUUGUGGUAUACAGACAGCCAAGAUGGAGACCCCAGCCGCAGCCACUCUCCAUCACGUCUGCAGUUACCUGCAGAGAGCUGCACACACUUCCUACAGAAGAGAGGCAGCGCCAACAGUCUGGUGGAGGCUGUGUUGAUCUCUGAGGGCCUGGGAAAGUACGCCAAGGACCCAAAGUUUGUGUCAGCAACCAAACAUGAGAUUGCAGAUGCCUGCGAGAUGACCAUUGACGAGAUGGAGAGCGCUGCCAGUAAUCUGCUGAACGGGAGUAUGGGUAACAGCAACACUGGGGCCACAGAGACCGUCACCUCAGACCCACUUGUCACAGCGCAUACUAGAGACCGCAGUAUCCGUGACUACAGUGACGAGGAGCCGUAUGUGGCUGUGAAAUCUGAGGAGGACCUAACAGACGAAAUGAUAUGCAUCACGUCGCUAUAGCAGCGGCUCACACUGGAUUAUUUAGUUUUUUUCAAUUGAAUUUCUACUACUGUUCCACAUCGUGGGGAUGUCUGUGCUCCAGUGUAUCCUGCAAUAGACAGAAAAUGUAAAACAUGGAGGGAUAAGAGAACAAAGUGCCUUGUUUUCUCUUUCUGUGGAGUGGAGAAUGGAAAUGUAGGAGACAUGGAUGAUAGAUUCAUGGAAGGAUUGAGCUACGCUUAGCAAAUAUUGAAAACAGAGGAGGUCAAUCUACCUGCCAGCCCGCCUGUCAUUCUGUGGGACACUCAUUAGAAUUGUUUUAUUUUCUUUAUUAUUAAUGAUGAUUUAAUACCUGGGUAACCUGGUAGGUUUGCAAAGCCAGCCCGAAGCCUGUGAAUUGAGUUUUUUCAACAACAUCCUCUGAGAAUCAGAGUCCAGCAGCUGAGAGCCGGGCAGUUUGGUAAAACACAUGGAGUUGAGUAUAGUGAUGAGAUAAAUAAGGUGUGUAGUCUGUAAGUAUUUGAUUUUUCAUAUAUUUAUUUAUUUUUGUUUGUUUUGGCUUCAUACAUCUCUAGCAAUGCAGCAUCCAGAAUUUGAAAUUCUUUAAUUGAUGUGAUUGGUUGAUGUUAUAAUGUGCGGUGCCUUCAUUGUUCUGCAGCAAUGUUUUAAAACUGUGUUACACUGCAUAAAAAAUAGUCCCACACUGUUACCUUGAUUUAGAUAUUAACAUCCCUAAUGGACUGCAAAGCCCA